CGUGAUAUGCUAAUUUGUCUUUAUAUUGUCGGCAAGUCCUGUAUAUUAGCGGCUUGACAUAAGUAAUAUUUGGUUUCGGUUCCCUAAAAGGUAAAAUUGGACUAACUAAUUUCAUUUUGAUUGGCAUUCAUAAAUCUGAUCAUAUAAAUGAACAAGGACACAAAGCAAUGCAAAUCAGCAAGACCGAAGUAGACGCAGCGCUAGGUCUAUUAAAAAUAAAUUCUUUGCGACGAAGGAAGUCGUAUUAUGGCAUGAAGGUAAAGAAAACAUUGCUACAACAGUCUGUCCUCAAGGCAGUCUACAACAUAACUAACUUUCCGUCCACUGAGACACGUAAUGAACUUGCAUUGCUGUUGGGAAUAUCGCAAAGAUCAGUUCAGGUCUGGUUCCAGAACAAAAGGCAAAUUUGCAAGAAGAAAGAUACGAGCAAAAACUCGUCCGAUAGAGCAUUUGUGAAUGAAUAUAACAAAUUCGUGCAGAAGGAGAUAAACGCGGAUGGAAAUGAGGAGGAGGUGUUUGAUGUGCCGAGCACCAAGUUGGUAGAGAUCAUAAAUAGCUGUGGAAUACAGAUUAAAAAUAAAUCGGAUGAGGAUGAAAAAAGCAUUUAAUGGUUAUUAAAUUGUUUUGUACGCGU